CAUCACCAUCACAAUCACCAUAAUUCAUCUGAUCUAAUCUUCAAUCACAAGCUCACCCAGCGCUAUCAAUCAAAAAAUCCCCCGCCAUGCCACCCCCACUAAAAAUGUCCAGUUUCUGAUGGCGCUCGGAUAAACCCGCCGAUCUUCGGAUCUAGAUGCUGAAAAUCGAAACUCGAGUCGCAAAAAAAAAAAAAGUUACUCACGCACAACCAAAGACAAGAAAGCCCAAUUGAUUGCGCCCGCCAUGUCGAUUCGCACUCUUAGAAUCGGGCUCAUCCCCGGUGACGGCAUCGGCAAGGAAGUCAUCCCCGCCGGCCGCCGCAUCCUCGAAGCUCUCCCCGCCUCUCUCAAGCUCAAGUUCGACUUUGUCGACCUCAAGGCCGGCUUCGAGACCUUUGAGCAGACCGGCUCCGCCCUCCCCGAUGCCACCGUCGAUGUCCUGCGCAACGAGUGCCAGGGCGCGCUCUUCGGCGCCGUCAGCUCGCCCACCCACGCCGUCAAGGGCUACUCCUCGCCCAUUGUCGCCCUGCGAAAGCGCCUCGACCUCUACGCCAACGUCCGUCCCGUCAAGACCGUCAUGACCGCCGCCAAGCCCAUCGACAUGGUCAUUGUCCGCGAGAACACCGAGGAUCUCUACGUCAAGCAGGAGACCACCCGCGACACCCCCGAGGGCAAGGUCGCCGAGGCCAUCAAGCGCAUUUCCGAAAAGGCCUCGUUCCGUAUUGCUGCUAUGGCUGGUGACAUUGCGCUGCGCCGCCAGAAGAUCCGCGAGAGCUCCCCCAGCAUCCACAGCAAGCCCCUCGUCACAAUCACCCACAAGUCCAACGUCCUGUCGCAAACCGACGGCCUCUUCCGCACUGCCUCCAAGAACGCCCUGUCCGACCCAAAGUACUCUUCCGUCUCUGUCGAGGAGCAGAUUGUCGACUCCAUGGUCUACAAGCUGUUCCGCCAGCCCGAAGCCUACGACGUCAUCGUUGCCCCCAACUUGUACGGCGAUAUCCUCUCCGACGGUGCUGCCGCUCUUGUCGGCAGUCUUGGUCUCGUUCCCAGCGCCAACGUCGGUGAGGGCUUCGCCAUUGGUGAGCCUUGCCACGGCAGUGCCCCCGAUAUUCAGGGCAAGAACAUUGCCAACCCCAUUGCCACCCUGCGAAGUGCUGCUCUGAUGCUCGAGUUCCUUGAGGAGCCCGAGGCCGCUGCCAAGAUUUACGCCGCUGUUGACGCCAACUUGGAGGAAGGCAAGCUGCUGAGCCCUGAUCUGGGUGGAAAGGCCACCACCGAUGAGGUUGUCGAGGAUAUCCUGAGACGCUUGUAAAUGGUGUCUCUGGUGAGAAGGAGUAAAAACUGGCGGGUGUUGGAAAAGCUCUAUCAUCUCUCUGUCAGUAUGAGGUAGUCUCUGUAGUAAAAUCGUCUGCAUGAAACCGGAUCUAGAGAGCAAAUCAGUUUUGAAUAAAGAAAAAGCAAAAACUUUUGAUUCAAGAGACGCAUAAUAGCUGAUCUAGUCAGCUCGGCUACCUAGCCUAAAAGCAAUCAUCUCGGCCGUCUUUCCAUCAAAAC